GGCGCAACGACCUCUGGGAUACAAUAUGGUGUUUUGUUUACAUUACUGACCGCAUAAAGUUUCGAGUUGCGCCAUACCUUGACAAGUGCCCGACCCUUUGAGAGUUUGCUUUGUUGUCUCGAGGUCAAGAAAGGAAAAAAUAUGUUCCAAACGAAACAAAACGAUUACGAGACGCUCAGAAAGGAUCUUGAACAGCUCAGGAGAGAAGUCCGAAUAGAACGAAUGAAAGUUUCGAAAAGCGUUGAGGAGUGAGUAUUAAAAUUUGAAAACAGAUCUUCGGGAAUAUCGUGUUAUGGGUUCUGUGUUUAUAUUUCUGUUUAGACUGUCGUGUAGGUAGUAUUCUAGGCUAUAAAGCUACCGUGGUUUAUGUCCGAACUACCAGAAAAAUAUUAAAAUACUUCUGAAACGUGAAAUAUAGUAGCCAGCGUUGCUACUGUUACAAAUUAUAGUAAAAUGUCACAAAUUUGAGGUUUGGAAGCUUAUAAAAUAACAGACUGAUAUUCUUCGGCAUAGCCCGGCGAAUUUACAAGCGUUCUUGAGCUUUAAUUAUACCUAGAGUUAUUGAAAAGAAGUGGAACUUGUAUUUAGUAAAAGCGUUUAAAAAGUACUAGCUCUAAAGCUCUAAAGUACAACAGUUAAUAUACCCUACAAUCCGCUGCGAACCGUAUCACACUUAAUUAUUAAUUAACAGUAACAAAGCAAGCAGAAAUUAUCUUGACAAGCUUCGCAUGGAAAUUCCCGAGUCGUUUUGCGUCUCAACUACCGGGUAAAGGAUUAAAAACACUCGACCUUUCGCACGAAAUUCCUUUUAACGUUUUAACACAAGAAACGUGUUUGCAAAGAUUAUAUUUGACCUCAUUUUAAUAUAUAUAUUUCAAGCAAGACGAAAGAUGCCUUAGGUAUUCUUCGAAAUGCAUUUCUUUUUGUAAUUUCGUGCAUAGUUCUGCACAUUGUAAAGUCUGAUAAAUUUUUGGAGUGACAAUAUUAUAUGCCUUCCAUAUUUGACUUUUAUUACCUUAUUCAGAAUUUGAAAUGGCAGAUAAAUGAAAUACUUUCACCCCCAAAAUUCUUACUGGUGUAUUACUUAUAAUAACACAUUAACAGCGACACUGUAGCCAAUCCCUUUGGCCCUUACUGGACCUCUUGGGACAACAGUUUGGAACUGAUAGAGGUGCUAUCUAGUACAAGUAAAGUUUACAAUAUUUUCUUUCUGCAUUUAUAGCCUUGUUCGUUUCUGUCAGCAAUCGCAAGGGAGUGAUCCGUUGCUGAACAAAAUUCCCUCGGGGGACAAUCCUUUUACCCAUCAAGACCGACCGUGUGUUGUUUUGUGAAGGAAAGGUUUAUAGCAAGUGGAUAAGUGUUUCUAAUGGAUUAAUGGAUGGAAAGACAAUGUUGAUGACUUUGAGAUGUGUUAAAACCAACUAAUAUAUAUAACUACACAAAUAUAAUAAACUUUUGAUAUUAUUCCAAAUGAAAUGAUAGUACAACUAAUAUAGCACAUAAUUGUAAUAUUUGACUAGUGUAUUCGAACAUAUUUUUUAACAUAAGAUACUUACUUUUGACAACUUGUAGUGUUGUGUGUUGAAACCGGUAUUGGUUCAAGAAUUAUGUACACUAUGCAAUGGACGAUCUAAACUGUAGUUUACAAGUUAUGGUAUAAUUGAGAUUGUGUUUGGCUAUGUAUGUUCACAUUGUUUUAGACAAAAUUUUAGACAAGACACCCCACGUAUAUGCACCCUGCAAUUUAGACACUCUGGCUUGCAAUAUUUUCUGUUGCCCAACUCUAUAGAAUUGUGCCUAAGCAUGUCAUAGCUAUCGUUUGUUUUUGCAAACAAUCUAGGGAUUUUAGCAAUAGACUAAUGAUUUAUCAGACUUUGUAAUACAUUUGAAUAUAUAUGUGCAUCAUUAACAAUAAUUAAUAUUUACAGUGUGAAUUCCGGUCUUGGUACAGUUAGAAUAUUACAAUGCAACCAGCGGCUAAUAGCUUCUUAGCUUCAGAUGCAAAUUGCCAGUUCGGAUCAUGUGAUAUCACUCUUAGUGGUUGGGCAUGUUUUUCAUAUUUAAUCCUUUAAGUGGCAAAGCACCUUGAUGUGCCCUGCUUUAUUAUUUUACUCUGUCUAAUGCCAGAUGAUUUUACUUGUCCAUGGGAGAGUGCUGCCACUCAACAGGUUAAAUAUAAAAUAAUUAAAGAAAACAAGUGAUAAAAUAUACGAAUAUCGCAUGUCUGAAAUGAUAAUUUGCAUACAAUGCUGAUGUGCAGUGUUAUGGCUAUUAUUAUAUGGACAUUAUGCCGGGCAUUGAUAUUUAUUAUCAGAUAAUAAUGUUUGUUCUAUAAAUUACAUCUUAUGUGGAACACACAUCCAGCAAUGCCAUUAUGCAGUCAAUGUAGUCAUGUCCAUCUGUCUGAUGCAGUCAAUUCCUUACCCAACAGUCCACUAAAUAAAACAACAAUAUUUUGCAUCAAUUGAAAAUGGCUGCAGUGGAUAGAAACAUCAGAAAUCCCUUUGUUAUUACCUUUAGACCUCCCCCGCCACCCUGUCCGUCAUUGAAAGCUUUCCGUUCUGCUUCUUCUUGUUUUCGUUUCUUCCUCUUCACUCCUUCUGGAUCCUUUAAACCUCUUCCUUCAUUCU